CGCGGCGCGGCUUUGGGCCGGGUCGGCUGGGCGGGCGGAGGUGACUUCCGGCGCGCGGCUCCGGAGGCCGGUGGUUCCACUCAGGCCCGGGGCGGGGCGGGGCGGCGGGAGCCGAGCGGCCACCCCGCCCGCGGCCCGCCCUUGGCGUCCGGGGCCUGCGGGCGCGAGCAGCCCAAAGGGCGGCUGCUUCGCUCGCUCUCGGACCCCGGCGAGGGGCUUCGGAAGGUCGCCCGCUGCGCCGGAAGCUCCUUGGCGUCUCGGGAGCGGCGCGGUCUUGAUAGUAGCGCUCACAGACUACGGCAGCGCUUCGUGGCGUUCGGCGCUCGGCCCGUGGGCGCGUCGCGGAGCGCUGUGGCGUCCCUGAAACCCGCAGCACUGGGAUGGGCAGACGACAGGAACGGGAAAGGUGCCCAUGGCGUCGGAGCGGCGCAAGGUCAAGUACCACUGGGGCAGCACGUCGGAAGGGUGUCCCAGCAAGCGCAGCCGCUCCCGGGAGCCCGGCAAUGUGGCCUCCUCCAGCCGACCAGUUCGCAGCUGUGCGUCGCGUCCUCGAGGGGCCAGCAGCCCCCAGAGUCUGAAAGCCCGGCGGGGGAACGAUGUGGCCCGCACGCCCCGGAGCUCAGUCCGCCGCCGCACCUCCUCUUCCUCUUCGUCGUCCUCUCUCUCCUCGGGCUCAGGUGCAGGCGGGGCCGCCUCCCCUGGCUUCCUGAUUGCGAGCCCUCGAAGGUUCCUGACGUCCAAAGGGUCCGCUUUGCACCCUGCCCGCUCCUCUCUAGAAGAAAUGGCUUCUCUUCGGAAGGAAGCUUAUAAGGCUGAUUCUAAGGAUAGUUCUUGUCAGUCUAUGAACUCUGAAUUUGCAACUGAAGCUGAGGGUCAGAGUGAUGCUAUGGAGGAACCCAACAAGUUCCAGAAAAGGAAGAAGGACAGGCUUCGAGACCAGGGCUCAACAAUGAUCUACUUAAAGGCCAUCCAGGGCAUCCUGGGGAAGUCGAUGCCUAAGAGGAAGGGAGAGGCUGUCACCACUCGGAUGAAGACGAGCUUGGAAGAAUAUCCAAGCAAGGAAGGACCAACCAGGAAUGUGGAAGGACCAUCCAGGAGCAGGGAAGGGCCCUCGGUCAAGAGUGGGGAAGGACUGGCCAGGAGCAAUGAAAGAUCUGCCCGGGGCAUUGAAGGACCAGCCAGGAGUAUUGAAGGACUCUCCAGGAGUGUGGAAGGACCAGCCAGGAGCCGGGAAGAACUGGUUAAGAGUGUUGAAGGACCAGCUGAAAAGGUUACAGUUACUGUACCUCAGAAGGAAGAGUCAUCUACAAAGGUCAGGGUAAAGAAGGAAGAGUCUGUGCUAGAUAGGAGUAGCUUCUGUAACAGAAGAGUGAUUAUAGACUCUGUGAAGAAAACUAGUGAGGAGCAGCUUGGUGACCAAAGGACAGUCAUUGACAAACCCUCUCCAGCCCUAGAAUUUUUUGAUGACUCGGACUCUCAUGCAGAUAUUCAAAAGCACACAGACAGAGAGGUGGUGAUUGAGCAUCCCUCUUCAGGGAGUGACUGGUCAGAUGUGGAUGAGCUGGCCACUGUGAGGUUUUCCCAAGAGGAGCCUGUCUUGCUGAAACACUCAGCAGUUCCAGAAUCUUCUUCCUUCCCUACUGACUAUGUUAUGUACCCUCCUCAUCUAUAUAGUAGUCCAUGGUGUGACUAUGCCAGCUACUGGACUAGCAGCCAUAAGACUCCUGGUUAUCCAUUGGUGGGAUCCAGCAGCCAUGACUCAGCACUGGCUGAGAAGAGCCCCCAGGACCUUUUGAGUGUUCAUUCCUUUAAAUCCACAGUGAAUACCCAGAGUAUCUCCAAAGACCUGGACAUUGCCCAGGAAGGCAGGUCCCAGAAUUCCCAUUCACUUCAAUUCUCCAGAAACACAGAGGAGGAGGAGGUAAAGGGGAAAAGGACAUUCCGAGAGGAGACACCACCUCCUCGCCACACCAGAGAACAUAUAUCCAGCUCCUUGCCAAGGAGCCACCGGGAGAUGAGCCUGGAUGAGGGCUUUAUUGAUACCCACUGUCACCUGGACAUGCUGUACUCCAAGCUGUCUUUCAAGGGGACCUUUACAAAGUUUAGGAAAAUUUAUAGCACUUCCUUCCCUAAGGAGUUUCAGGGCUGCAUCUCUGACUUCUGUGAUCCAAGGACACUGACUGAUGGCCUAUGGGAGGAACUCCUGAAAGAAGAUCUGGUUUGGGGGGCCUUUGGCUGUCACCCUCAUUUUGCUCGCUACUAUAAUGAGAAUCAAGAAAGAAAGCUUUUGCAUGCCUUACGGCACCCCAAGGCUGUGGCGUUUGGAGAGAUGGGCCUGGACUACUCUCACAAGUGUACCACACCAGUUCCUGAACAGCACCAGGUAUUUGAGAGGCAGCUGAAGCUGGCUGUGUCUCUGAAGAAGCCCUUGGUCAUCCACUGCCGUGAAGCUGAUGAAGAUCUGUUGGAUAUCAUGAAAAAAUUUGUGCCCUCUGACUACAAGAUCCAUAGGCACUGCUUCACUGGCAGCUACUCAGUCAUUGAGCCUUUGUUGAAGUACUUCCCUAACAUGUCGGUGGGCUUCACAGCAGUACUGACCUACUCCUCCGCCUGGGAGGCCCGAGAUGCUCUUAGACAGAUCCCAUUGGAGAGGAUCAUUGUGGAAACAGAUGCACCCUACUUCCUCCCUCGCCAGGUGCCGAGAAGUCUUUGCCAGUAUGCCCAUCCAGGCCUGGCCUUGCACACAGUUCGAGAGAUUGCCAGGGUCAAAGAGGAGUCACUUUCCCGUACUCUGGCGGUCCUCCGAGAGAACACCAGUCGCCUCUACAGUCUUUGAGCAGGGAGCAUGAGCAGGCAUCUUCUGGCAAAGGAUGACCAGUGGCCUGAUAGUUUAGGAUGGGCUCCAUCUGCCUGUGUCCAAGGUGAAGGAUGUGUUGGAGAUCCUGUCAAAACUCAACAAACCAGGAUGGGAUGUUACCCUUGGACCCUAAUGACAAGGCUUCACCUGCUGUUUGGUGGAUGGCUACUGUGGAAUGGGUUGGGGAGAAGGGUAGUUUUGCUUGCUGGCCACACGGACCCAGGUAAUCAGUGAGCAAAAACAUUUGUGACAUAAGAGUACAAAGAGUUGGCCAGUCUGGAUGACUGCCCAAUGGCCUGGGUUUCCCAGCAGUCUGAAUAAAGUCACUUCUUUGUCUUA